AUGUCAAACUCCAAGCCAUCAUCUGUUAUCAAUGAGUUCACCGCAUGGUACAUGAAGAGAUUGAGAACCAAUCCAAUCUCAACCAAGGCUCUCACCUCGGCCACAUUGUCCUUCACCUCAAACGUGCUCGCUCAGCGUGUCAUUGAGGGCAAGAAGAUCGAUUGGUCUCGUGUGAUCAAGUUCACCAUCUGGGGCUUGUUGGCCUCACCAGUUGGACACUUCUGGCACAUAUUCUUGGAGCGUCUCUUUAGAAACGUCAAGGAGAAGUAUCAAGCAAUUGGAAAGCUCGUUGUUGAUCAGCUUAUCUUUGCACCAUUCAUCAAUAUCCUGUUCUACACUGUGUUGUCACUGUUGGACGGCAAGCCAGGUGCCAUCCUCAUCAAGCUCUACUUUGAUCUGAUCCCAACCUUGAUGGCCAGUUGGAAGGUGUGGCCACUUGCCCAGUUCAUCAACUUCAAGUUUGUCCCACCCCAUCUUCGUGUGCUCUUUGGUAACUUGGUUGGAUUUGCCUGGAGCAUCUACCUCACCAUUAUCUCUGCCAAGAAGAAGCAUUAA